GCCCGCCAGGGGGCGCGCGCCCCGCGCUCUCUGCGUCCGGCGCUGCGCUCGCGCUUCCGGUCGGCGCUGUGUGCGCAGGAUGGGCCGCGGGAGUCCCGGUGCUGUCCAGGGCACCGGCGGCAGCAGCGCCGUCAGCAAGUGCUCGGCGGCAGCGCGGGGCUACAUCCAGGACCGGUUCCUGCGGCUUCUGGCGGGGCGGCGGCGGCGGCGAGCGCCCCUGAUCCACCGGGGUUAUUACAUCCGUGCCCGUGCUGUGGAUCACUGUGUUCAGGACUUCCUGCUGAAGACACAAAGCCUACCCAGGACACAGAUCCUGUCUUUAGGUGCUGGCUUUGAUUCCUUAUACUUCCGUUUGAAGGAUAUGGGUCUUCUGCAUCACACUGUGGUAUAUGAGGUAGACUUCCCAAAUGUGGCAUGCCAAAAAGCUACUCUGAUCAAAGGAGUGAAAGAGUUGUCAGCACUGGUGGGAGACACUGGAGGGGAAGGAUUAGGAGCCAUUACCUUUUCUGGAGGUGAUUAUAAGUUACUGGGAGUGGACUUAUCAGAGCUGUCUGAGCUGGAGAGAGCCCUGGAAGAAGCAGGACUGAACAAUGAAAUCCCCACCCUCUUCAUCGCAGAGGUGGUGCUCACCUACAUGGAGACCACCAGGUCAGAUGCCUUGAUUCAGUGGGCAGCAGAGCAUUUCCCUCAGGCGUGCUUCCUGCUGUAUGAGCAGGUGCACCCAGAGGACCCCUUUGGCCGUGUCAUGCAGCAGCAUUUCAGGCAGCUGAGCACCGCGCUGCACUCGCUGGCCCUGUACCCUGACUGCCAGGCUCAGCAGAGGCGCUUCCUGGGGAAGGGCUGGACUGAGUGCAGUGUCAUGGAUAUGAAUGAGUUUUUCACCUGUUGUAUUCCAGAAGAUGAGCAGCGAAGAGUGCAGACUCUGGAGCCUUUUGAUGAGUAUGAGGAAUGGCAUCUGAAAUGUUCUCAUUACUUUGUGUUGGCUGCAUCGAAGGGGAUGGAACCUUCCUGGACUCCGUUGUCACCCAGUGUGACAGUUCCUUAUCAGGCUGGUCCUGUUGGGAUGGCAGGGAGUGUCCCUGCAGCAGCGUGUGCCAGGCUCUCAGGAAUUUCAGGCCUGAGACGUUACGGCCACCACUCUGUUCUUAUAAAGCCCAACGUGAUUGUCACCACGGGAGGCUUUGGGGAGGAGGAUGGACAGCACUGCCGUGUGAGAAAUGUCCAUCUGCUGAGUAAGCAUGCAGGUCACUGGGAAGCUGUCUGUGUGACACAGAGUGUUCCUGAUAAAAGAUGGGGUGAGAGAUUGUACCAUACUGUGUCUUGUCUCUCGGACACUCUGGCUCUGGUGGUAGGAGGAAGAACAUCCCCAUCAAGCACAGGCUUGGGAAUGUUGUGGCUCAAGUUCCCCGAAACCUGUGGUGCCUCAGGCCCAGAUGACGUUGCAGUGGAGCUUGUAAGUCUGCAGCCUGCUGCUGAAGAAGCAGCUUUGCGUUGGAGACACAGCACAACUGAAAUUACAUUCAAAGGUGAGCAGUACCUGUUUGUGUAUGGUGGCCGCUCUGCUCUGGAGCCUGUGCUCGGGGAUUGGCAUUUCCUGCACGCUCCAGAACUCUCCUGCACUGCGAUUGCUGUUGAGGGUCCAGUCCCAGAAAGCCGCCACUCUCACAGUGCCUGCAGCUGGGAAGGAGGUGUGCUGAUUGCAGGAGGUCUGGGAGCAGCUGAGCAGCCCUUGGGUUCAGUUUUCCUUUUGAGGGAGCUUGAAAAUGGCUUUCAGUGGCAGACAAUAGAGACACACCCUCCUCUUGUCCCAAGGUAUUCACAUACUGCACAUGUGCAUGAAGGAAAGCUUCUGCUCGUUGGUGGAGUGUGGUUUCAUGCAUCCUCUGUGCCAGGUGUCACUGUCAUCGACUUAAUGACUGGUCUCUGCUUGAACUAUGUGAUUAAUGUGGAGCACCUGGAGUGGCCAUUAAUGCUACAUAAUCAUAGCAGUGUCUUUCUGCCAGAUGAGAAGGAGCUGUUGGUUAUUGGAGGUGGUGGAAAUUGCUUCUCCUUUGGGACACAUUUGAACCCAGAGCCUGUCUUGCUGAGCCUCAGCAGCAUCCUGACCAGCCACUGAGUGGGACCAAGCAGGGCUGAACCCUGCUACUGCACUGUGGGAGACAUCUGUUCAGUCUAGGUGCAAAAGCAGCACAUUUCCACAAAGGCUUUGUAUCCAGAAUGCAUUUGUGAAGGUGGGAUCAGGAGGGACAGUUACAGCAAGGGAUUCACACCUCAUUAGCUGUUGCAUUUUUAUGGCUCUUUGUGUUGCUGUAAAUAAAGUACCUCAAAAGCA